CGAAACAAUUUCCGGCUAAACAUUCUGCUUGGCGGGAAAAUGGGACGAGGGUGGAGCAAACUUCUCCAGUCGUGGUGGACCGUCGUUUGGACACAGCUGCAGCAGUAACAACAGCGGUUAUGUGCAAACGUCCUCCACCCGUUAAAGUGUUGUCCGGCCAGCUGAGGACGGCUGACCGCGGAGAUGGAUGGCUCAUCAGACUGGGCAGGGGUCGGUCUUUGCUGGUGUCACUGGUGUGGAUGCAAGGGACCGUACUGGAGGUCCAGCUGGACAGGAACGCGGUGCUGCUAAUGGACGAGACGGGCACGUUUGCUGUUCAGGGCGUCAACAACAUUCCCAAAGGGAAGCCAUGUUUGUCCCAAGGCAAAUAUGUCAUGGUGAUGGGCGUCAUCCAAGCAGUCUCCCCGGAGCCAGUCAUCCGUGCAGUGAAGAUGGCAGAUCUCUCUGAGCUCGCUGUGCUUCACAGACGGAUGUGGAAGCUGGAGGUGGAGGACCUGCAGCAGGUGCUGGCCUGAAGGCAGAGCUGUGGGUGGAAACGCUGCCACGCUGGUGGCAGGACGACCUGAUCGUGUGGUGUGUCCAGCUGGGUCUGUGAUACUGAUGUGUUUGUUGACAGAUGAAAAACUGCAUGACAGGACUGAACAGCAGGUUGUCCCUGAGGUCACGCUCCACUCUGUGAGGUAGGACGUACGAGCAGCUUUGCUGUGACUAGAGAGACUUGUGUUUGUGCAUAUUUUGACAGUGAAUGGUGACACACAACAGCUUUUAAUGAUUUUUUUUUUCCACUUGGCCCCUGCCCCAAGAAAAUCAUACUUAUAGAGAGAACUAGAGUUGUACAUUAUAAAUGACAAUUGCUAACACAUGGGUGGAACAGCUAAAUUAACAAGCCUGGACAUUUUCUCCACUGGCCACCCACUUUAAUAGGCACACCUGUACAACCGUAUGCCAUUCAGUGCAACACU